CUAUACCUUUCAGAAUGUCAUAUGCAUACACAGAAACUCCAGAUCAGAAAUUGGCUCAGUCAGUUUCCCAUGAUUUCCCAUCUGGAAACUGGCAAGCUAAUCUAUCUAUCUUCUUCCGUUCAGCCUGUCUGGAAUCCCCCAUGUUGUAGCAUGAAUGCUCAUUUAUUUCUACUAAAUGUGAUGCAGAGCUGACAUUAGAGCAUUCCUCUCAUCAGACCAACCUGGCCCCCCUCGUUUUUUCUUUUAAACUGAUUACUUUCUUCAUGUUUCCAACUCUUUUAAUGUACUCCUUCUCAAUCUGAAUUGGAUUACCUCUUAGUUAAUGAAUGUUAUGUCACCCAUAUACGUAUGCAUAUAAUAUAUGUACCUGCCUAUCUAAAGAAAAGAGAGGGAAGAAAAAAGAUCAGAAGAUGGGGUGUGCAGCGUCUGUAAGUAUGAGUGUAAAGAAGAAGAAAAAGAACAUUCCCCAAGUUUUCUUCUUUGUUCCACCGAUUCGUGUGCCUGGUGAAUCCAAUCUUAUGAGAUCUCUUAAAGGCAUGAUCCCUCAGGACCUCUCUCAUAAGAUGACUCAACUCAGGAGUCAGAUUAUGUUUGUGGCGCAAGAUACCGGUGGAUCUGCGAUCGAGGAAUUACAGAAGGCACUUGAUGAGUAUCUGCCCCUCCUUAUUGGCCUAACUAAAAAAGAAUAUGGGCUUCAAGAAGUUGUGGAGUUUAGCUGGAAGAGCUUGGAUGGAAAACAGGAAACUUGCAUUGCAAACUCUUGCUUCGAGUUGCUUUCGGUUCUUCACAUGAUGGCUUUAUUAACAUUGAUGGAAGCUAGCUUGAAGCUAAUGCCCAAGAACAGUAGUAGUAGCGGAUCAGGUGAAAUGGUUGUCUCCCCAGAUGGGAUGAGUGAAGCUGUUGAUUUGCUGUUAAAAGCAGCAGGGUAUUUAGACUUCUGCAUCCAGGAUGUUCUUGGUCGACUUCCGCCCGACAUUAAGGACAUGUUGCCCGAGGAUUUACAAGAGGGCGUCAUGGAAGCCUUAUUGAAUCAAGCACUUGCUUUGGGAACUGAAAUACAACUUGGACUAGCUAUUGGAAGCCAGAAUGCCACUUUAUCUGUGAAAAGGAGGUUGGCCUGCGAGCAACUGGCCUACUAUGGGCAGGCUCAUCACUGCUUAUCUAAAGGUAUGAACAAGUAUGAGGACAAAAAGAAACUUCUGUUGUUUAUCAAGUGGAAGUAUCUUCAAGCCAAGGCUGCAGCUUACUAUUACCAUGGUCUGAUGCUUGAUAAGGGGACCGAGCCAUCAAGUCAUGUUAGUGCAUUGUCUUGUUUCCUUGCUGCCGAAGAACUGGUAGCAGAGAGUAAAAAGGCGUGCUUAAGUUUCGGCCUUGCUGACCCCAUAACCAGGGCACCUCCACUCUGGGGUGUUAUGAAGCACUUAGAUAAGAAAAUCCCUGAAACUGCAUCCAAGAAGUUUCAGAUGCAUGGAUACCUAUUAGACCAGGAAAAGGGCCUUCGUAUAUUGCCAGAUCUUCCAGAAUUCCAGUUGUCAUUGAAACCCGAUGACUAUGAAUUGCCCGACUUAAAUCCAGCUUGGGAUAGGGAAAAUUGGGAAACCAUCCCAGGACAAAGACUAAAAGAACACCUCGAAGAUAGCGAAGACGAAACAAAACCUGCAGCAAAGUAAGACAGGCGCAUGUUUUUCUUUCAGCAUUUGGAUGUUCUCAAGAACCCAAUUCAAUGUUUUAUAUAUAUAUUUUUUUCCACAGAUGAGAGAACUUUUGGACAUUGCCAGAUACAUGUAUGGAAAUGAUCAAGAAAGUAAAUUCCACCCGAAGAAGGCGAAACGGAUCACAUCAGAGAUGCUGAAAUUCGAAAGCAGGCGAUGCUGGUGUAUGAAAAUCUCAUCAUCUGUUGCCUGCAACUUUCAACAGAUUAUUAUUGAAUGAGAGAUCCCAAAGUUCAUAAAAGGUCGACAACAAUAUGAUAAAUAUCGUGUCACUAUUAUUCCUUGAAAUGUGUACAGUCUAAAUUCUAUCUUAAUGAUACACCAACAUCUCUAUCUUCUUCCGUUUACUCUUUCUUUUCAUCUCAUUCGCAGUUAGUAUUUCGCAACUCUUGUUAUUGAGCAUUUUCCUCAACGUAACUUUGCAUUUUCCUUUCAUCACAAACAAGUACUAGUAUCCCCCAUGUGUAAUCCUAAGCAUCAAAGUGUUUUCUCCCAAAUUACCUAUCUCCAAAAACUCCAAUCCUAAUUUCAGUCGGCUUAGUGCAUUAACGAACUAUGCCUUCUCUUAUGCCACUUGGUGGAAGAUUCGGACAUGAUCCAUCUCAUUCAGG